AUGCUUUUGGUCUUCAGGAAAGCGCAGGUUCUCUACGCGAUGCUGAUGCUCAACGUCUUCGUCUGCGUCCUGAUGAGCGUGUUGUGGAACCGGGGGCACCACAGGACGGGCCCUCGAGGGGUUCACGUCCCGACCGGGAGGUUCUGGCUCCAACAGGACGAGAGAGGAUCCUUCUGGAACACGGAGCAGCGGCACCUGGACCUCAUCUACAACCUCACCGAGCUGCCACACAGGUCGAAUGACACCAGACCCCUCGACCCGGUCCCCUCGGACUCAGACUACAGAGUCACCACCAACAUCUCGGACUUCAACGCCCUGCCGCAGAGAUUCCAGGAUUUUCUCCUGCACAUGCGCCGCAGGACGUACCCCAUGCUGAUUGACCAGCCCCACGUCUGUGAUGACAACCCCUUCCUGCUGCUGGUGGUCAAGUCGCAGACGCCACACUUCGACCGCCGGCAGGCUAUCCGGGAAACAUGGGGCCGAGCGGGCGUCUUAGCCAAUCGUACAGUGGCGACUGUGUUUCUGCUCGGCAACACCAUGUCAACAGAUCACAUCCCAGACCUGCAGCCGAUGCUGGGCUACGAGGCGCAACUUCACAAAGACCUCCUCCAGUGGGACUACAGGGACACCUUCUUCAACCUCACCCUGAAGGAGAUACUCUUCCUGGAGUGGUUCAGCCAAAACUGUCCCCACGCACAGUACAUCCUCAAGGGGGACGAUGACGUCCUGGUCAACACUGUGCGAAUCAUCGACCUCCUGGAAGGCCUGCCGGAGAACAAGUCCAGGGAUUUGUUCAUAGGGAAUGUCAUCAGCAACGCCAGGCCAAUCAGAGACAGGAAACUGAAGUACUUCAUCCCAGAGAGUGUGUUUGUGGGGCAGUACCCGCCGUACGCUGGGGGUGGAGGGUACGUGUACUCUGGGGAUUUGGCGCUUCGCCUUCACAGCGUAUCCCAGCAGGUCGUCUUGUAUCCCAUCGAUGACGUCUACACAGGGAUGUGUCUGAGGAAACUGGGUCUGGCUCCUGAGAAAAACUCUGACUUCAAGACUUUUGACAUCAAGGACGAGCACAGGGACGACCCCUGCGUCUACAGGAGCUUGAUGCUGGUUCACAGCCGCACGCCACAGGAGAUUCUACAGAUCUGGUCAUGGAUUGUCCGUCCUGAGCUGGAGUGUCUUAUACAGCCCCUGUAUACGGCCCCUGAGGACGGGCCCGUGAAGGCGGCCUCUGAAGACAGCCUCUGA